UUUUUUUUAGAGUGAAAGUCGCUCAAAACAAGCCCUAAAUAGGGUUGCGGAUGCAGCCGAUUAUCCAAUCCCAAAUCACUCUCUCGCACGGACUUACCGUUUCAACAAACUCAACGGCCGAGCUGGAGAAAUUUGACCGCAAAACGUUUAUGAAUUCAUUUCAACGAAUAUAAAGUAUAAACCUGUGAUAAUUUUUGGGUGUUGGUUUUUAAUAUUUGCAGCCGUAUUCUUGGUGGACAUUGCGGCUUUCUGAUUUCACUAAUAGAGGUUUCUUCAUUUCUGUUACACUUUGUGGAGAGGAAGAGUCGUCCUGAUUAUAUUCUCAUAAUAGAUGCACUGGGAGUUAUGAUAUUUUCUCUCUUUUUUGGUACCUGCGGUUGCAUUGUCUGUAAGAAACAGGUGGUUGAUUUGAGUGGUGAAAAUGCCCGCUAAUUAUUUCUCUAGAUUCGGUGUAUCAUUCUGGCAAGGAGUCCAAAGAUUAAUCUCCGUGAAAGAAAGUGGAAUCCGAGAUCCAAUAGAGGUUUUGAUUGGCCAAGGAAAAUUGUUGAUUGGCUGUUCAAGGUCAUUCCAUUCUGUGCCUUCUGGAACAUUUACUGACCUUCAUGUAUUUCUACGGCCUGGCACGGUUGCUGCUGCUCAGGCAAAUUUGCAUAUAGCCAAUCGAAGAAAAAAUCUUUCAGUUGUUGGUGUAUUUUCCCGUGCAAUUUCCAUACCAUCUGUGUCAGGGCCUUCAUUUCAAGUUUGUGGUUAUCACGUUGAUUGUCUGCUAUCAGACCCCAGUAAGGUUACUUUUGGCAUCAACUCUCAGAAGGCUCUUAUGGCUGUUUGUGGAUCUAGAUCAGCUCCAGCCGAUUUCUCCAUUAGGAAUUUGACUUCUAGGCCAGUACAACCUGGUGUGGCAGCAUAUCGCUCUUACAGUUACAGCGGAAGGAGCUUCAAAAAUUGUAGAAAAGCUAGCAUGAGCUUGAAAAAUAAAGAACAACCAAACAAUUUCUUGCUCUAUGGAUAUUUUAUAUAUAACGUUGCAAAGAGAAACGGCAAUUCCAAGCCAUACCCAGGAUUUGGGUUUGAGGGUUUCUAUAUCUCAUCACCUGCAUGUUCCUCUACUGGCACUGCUUCUGAUGUGUCAUUUGAUAGCUCAAUGCAGGAGGAACUGCAUUCAAGUUCUUCAGAUUCUUCUGAUCUGAAGAUUCCAACAGACAGAUCUCUAAAGCUAAAUUCAGCAUCAUGUUACCUGCCCCAUCCUGACAAAGAAGAAACUGGUGGAGAGGAUGCUCAUUUUAUUUGCUUGGAUGAACAAGCAAUUGGUGUAGCUGAUGGCGUUGGUGGAUGGGCUGAUCUUGGUGUUGAUGCAGGGCAGUAUGCUCGUGAACUCAUGUCUAAUUCAGUCAACGCAAUUCAAGAAGAACCAAGGGGUUCAAUUGAUCCAGCCAGAGUCCUGGAGAAGGCUCACACAAGCACGAAAGCAAAGGGUUCAUCAACAGCUUGUAUAAUUGCUCUCACAGAUCAGGGUCUCCAUGCCAUAAAUUUAGGAGAUAGUGGGUUUAUGGUGAUUAGAGAUGGAUGUACAGUUUUCAGAUCCCCUGUUCAGCAACAUGAUUUUAAUUUCACUUAUCAGCUGGAGAGUGGUACUGCUGGAGAUUUGCCUAGCUCUGGAGAGGUGUUUACAAUUGCUAUUGCUCCAGGAGAUGUUAUAGUUGCCGGUACAGAUGGGCUUUUUGACAACUUGUAUAACAAUGAUAUUACUGCAGUAGUGGUUCAUGCCGUGAGAGCUGGUUUAGGGCCUCAAGUAACAGCCCAAAAGAUUGCAGCAUUGGCGCGGCAACGAGCACAAGACAAAAGCAGGCAGACACCUUUCUCUACUGCAGCCCAAGAAGCUGGGUUCCGUUAUUAUGGUGGAAAGCUUGAUGACAUCACUGUAGUUGUUUCUUAUAUUGCCAGUGAGCACAAGGAAAGCGCUUCAUCCAGGGUCUCUAGUUAGAGCCUGUUUGUACUUACUCGGUGUCAAUUUCAAAUAACUACUCGGAUUGCUUGGCAUCAUUUGGGUCAAUACUGAUGUUUCACCUACGGCAGUUUAGCAAUAUUAUUGAAACCUGUUGUGUCUUUUUAUCGUGUAUUCCACUGUUAUACUCCUGGGAAUUACUUUUGUUGUAUAUACUAGUUUUGAGCUGUUAGUGCUUUCUGUUACAGAUCAAAUCAGCUGGACAGAGUUGAUCAACGUUUGUCUUUUGUAGUUUUAGAAUCUUAUGCUCGCUGAUUCCACACGGAUUGUGUUAGAUCUUGAAAAAACCAUAGUUCAAAAGCUAGAUGUUAAAGUUGAAAAUCUCGAGUCUAUAUAAAUCACACGUCGAAAUUUCACACUUAUGAUGUGGAAUUCUAAACUCAUGACUUGUGAUUGGAAUCAUGUCAAAUCUUGCGAUCUUGGCACUUGCAUUG